GGGAGGGGUCUAUGCAGCUGCCCAGACAUCAGUUUCGUUUUGAGUUUUUGUGACGCAGUUUUCUUUGCAACCUCUAUAUGUCCUUUAACUACAGGCCCUGCACUUUAAUGAGUUCCUUAGCGCCAGAAGUUUUCAGCUGAAGGGAUGACCUUGGAGUGGUUCAGGAGGAGGCUGGAAACAAAGGAUUCAGACAGCGACUCCAGGAUUUCCAGCCAGCCGUCAGGUUUGUCCUUUAAGAGUGAUGUCUCAAAACAGACAAUAAUUAAUUUCUGCAAUCUGAUCUAUCAGUCGACUCAGAAUGUUAAGAAAAGUGCUGAACAACAUGAAACAGUUGUCAUUGACUACCUCUCACGGAAGUGUCACCACUGCCAAGUAUCAGAUGCUUCUGAAGUGUUCUCUGAGAGUGAUGAGUCAGAAGAUGAAGGAAUUUAUUCCAGAAAGACAAGAAAAUGCCCAUGUCUCAACCAUCCACUGCUCAAGUCUGCCCGGGAAGCAAAGAGAAGUGCUGAAAGACAUGAAACUUUUGUUAUUGAAAGCCUUUUGAGCAAGUGGACCAGCAGCCAGUGGUCAUCUGAUUUGAGCUCUGGGAGCGAGGGCUCAUUAGAUGGAACAAUUGAUUCCACAGAGAGAGCAGCUCACCUCUCUCACAAAGAUCUCCCCACAUAUCAUCAGAGUAUGGAGCAGAUGGCUAAAUGGUGUGAAGAGCUUCCAGAAAGUGGGAACAGAUCCCUGAAGCCAGCAUUAGGCCGAUACUCUUUUGGAUCAUAUAGAGAAGGGUCAGAACUUCCAAAAACAAGUCCUGAAAUAAAGAAAGAAACACACCGCUCUGGAGAGAACAGAUCCCUGAAGCCAGCAUUAGGCCGAUACUCUUUUGGAUCAUAUAGAGAAGGGUCAGAACGUCCAAAAACAAGUCCUGAGAAAAAGAAAGAAACACACCGCUCUGGAGAGAACAGAUCCCUGAAGCCAGCAUUAGGCCGAUACUCUUUUGGAUCAUAUAGAGAAGGGUCAGAACUUCCAAAAACAAGUCCUGAGAAAAAGAAAGAAACACACCGCUCUGGAGAGACCAGCAGCCAGUGGUCAUCUGAUUUGAGCUCUGGGAGCGAGGGCUCAUUAGAUGGAACAAUUGAUUCCACAGAGAGAGCAGCUCACCUCUCUCACAAGAACAGAUCCCUGAAGCCAGCAUUAGGCCGAUACUCUUUUGGAUCAUAUAGAGAAGGGUCAGAACUUCCAAAAACAAGUCCUGAGAAAAAGAAAGAAACACACCGCUCUGGAGAGAACAGAUCCCUGAAGCCAGCAUUAGGCCGAUACUCUUUUGGAUCAUAUAGAGAAGGGUCAGAACUUCCAAAAACAAGUCCUGAGAAAAAGAAAGAAACACACCGCUCUGGAGAGAACAGAUCCCUGAAGCCAGCAUUAGACCCAUACUCUUUUGGAUCAUAUAAAAGAAGGGUCAGAACGUCCAAAAACAAGUCCUGAAAUAAAGAAAGAAACACACCGCUCUGGAGAUCACCAGACUGGUGUUUUGUAACCUUUCCAGAGGGACAGGGACUCUUCACUCCCAACGGUCUGUGAAUCAAACUUAUUACACCAUGUCAUACUUUUUUUUUUUUGGGAGGGGGACUGUGGAUAGUGUAGAAAUCUGGGAGAGAGUGGGGGAUUGACAUGCAGGAAUUAGGCCACAGGCUGGAGUCAAACCCGGGCCAUCUGCUACAUGGGCGCGCAACUUAACCCUUAGGCUAAGUCUGCACCCUCUUCCUCAUACUUUAAAAAAACUUCUCAUUCAAUGGUUUUUAUUUACUUUAAUUAUUUUCUACAUUGUAGAUUAAUACUGAAGACAUCAAAACUAUGAAA